AUGAUUGUGUCUUCUUGGCAGGUGCCAAUUUCUGUCUGCAGUAACAGCUGUCGGCCUGGGUACAGGAAAGCCUCUCUGCAAGGAAGACCUAUCUGCUGCUAUGACUGUGUACCCUGCUCUGAAGGAGAGAUGACCAAUCACACAGAUGCAGAUGGGUGUACCAUAUGUCCUUCUGAUCAGUGGUCCAAUGAGGAGAGGGACAGGUGUGUCCCGAAGGUUUUGGAGUUCCUAUCAUACGAUGAACCAUUGGGAAUCAUGCUGGUGACAACAGUUGUCAUGUUGUCAACCCUCACACUCUGCAUCCUAAUUAUCUUCAUUCAAUAUCGGGAAACACCUAUUAUCAAAGCCACCAAUAGAGAGCUGAGCUACAUCCUGCUGGUGUCUCUCAUGUUGUGCUUCCUCUGCAGCCUGGUCUUCAUUGGUCAACCUUCCACUUUCAGUUGUCGCUUCAGACAAACCUUCUUUAGCGUGGUCUUCUCCAUCUGUAUCUCCUCAGUCUUGGCCAAGACUAUCAUGGUGAUCCUGGCCUUUAAAGCCACCAGACUGAACAGCCCUUUGAGGAAAUGGCUGGGUCCUACCAUCCCUCGGAGUGUUGUUGGGAUUUGUUCUGUUUUGCAGAUCAGCGUUUGUUCAUUUUGGCUAUACAGGUCCCCUCCGUUUCCCAUGCUGAACACCAAAAGCCAUAAGAUAACAUUUGAGUGUAAUGAAGGACAGAAGGUAUUUUUUUACAUGACUUUGGGGUUCAUGGGAUUUCUGGCUAUGGCAAGUUUUCUAGUGGCUUUCCUAGCAAGGAACCUCCCAGGAAACUUCAAUGAGGCCAAACUGAUCACCUUCAGCAUGCUGGUCUUCUGCUCUGUCUGGAUCUCCUUCAUCCCGGCCUAUCUGAGCACCAGUGGCAAAUACACAGUGGCUGUUCAGAUAUUUGCCAUCUUGGCCUCCAGCGCUGGAUUACUAAGCUGUAUAUUUCUGCCUAAAUGUUAUAUUAUUCUGGUGAGACCAGAGAGGAACAAUCGAGAUUCACUAUCACACAGUAAAAAAAGGAGAAAUGUAUUUAAAUAAAACUUUUCCCGAUCAUAUAGAAUUGAUGUUAAAAAGGAAGCCUUUUUUAUUUCAUUUUAGAUCUUCAUCAACUGGCAGAGAAUAUUGGGUACAAGUAAACA